AUGCAAGGUUUCUUGGAAGUGCAGAGACAUAGCGUCAUUCUUUCAGGCCGCACGUUCACCACCUUCACUCUUGCCCUCUCCCCUGCUCCCCCUCUCGGCGCCAGGCUCUGCCAUGACCCUUUGCUCGCCACGCGGCCUCGUCGCAACCACGCGGGCCGACUGGAAUGGGGGAGUGACCGAUGGGCGGCAGUGACCCGGGGGCACAUGACACGCUGGGCUGGGGAUUGUCAAGAUCCGCACCCUCUACUCCACGGACGCACACACUCACGCGCCUACCGCACUGUCUCUCAUAUCCCUCCUCCCUGCGUCCUUCUCAUCAACGCACUGCUCCCUCCUUCCCCCAUUCCCCCCCUUCCCCCCCAGCUCGGCACCUAUUUCUCCCAUGCCGAUUUCUGGUCCACAGAUUCGCGCCCCCACGGCACUCUCUCCCACAUUCUUCUCAUAAGCCACUGCUCCUUUUCCUUCUUUCCCUUCCCAUCCCUGUCCCCUCCCCCCACCUAUGCACUGCACCUGCGUCUCCUACACCCACGACUAUCCCACACCACUGCACAGACUCGCUCCCCACAGUGCGGACGCACACCACCACUCCCCAAAUCUCCUACCCACGCACCCAAUUCUCCCAUCGCCAUAACCUUUUCCUUCCCCCUCUUAUUUCUCAGCCAGGCUCUCAAGCUCCGCACUUGUUGCUCCUAUGCUGCUGACGUCUGCCCUACGAAUUCUUGCCGCUACGGUGGCGGUGCCCUGCUCACUCAGGCGCUGUCCCUUGUUCUCCCCUUUCCACCUCCCCCACCCUUUCCCUUAUCUUCCCACCAGCUCUGCACAGCACCUGCUCUUCCGCCGCUCCGCACGUGCUUCUCCUGCACCGAUGUCGGGCCCAUACAUCCCCGCCACUACGGCACCGUCUCCCACAUCCCCUCUCAGAAGCCACUGUGUUGUUUGACCCUUUCCCCCUUCUCCCCUUUCGUCCCCUCCCCCAACCCCUCCCUCCUCCAGCUCCACACCACACUGCACCCGCACAGCAGCGUGCUAGAGGCUGCUGACGUGGCCGAGGUGCAUGACAGACAGGCUGCAGGCGAAGCUGGGGAGGGCGGGUCUGCUGGGUGCCGUGCCCCGUGGUGGUUUUUUAGGACGGACGAGCAGUGGGAGAACGAGGUGCGUGGGACGAGCAGAGGAGGUGGGUGUGUGGUGAGAGGCACGUGGGUUGAGUUGAGUUCAUGGGCAGGCCAGCUCCCCCCACCUGCUUCUCUCACACGGAUUCACAUCCCUUUUCCCUGCAUCUGUCUCACAAACGCAAUAGGACCCUCCUUCCCAUCCCUUCCCCCUUUGUUCCCCACCGCUGCUGUUUUCCCUCCUUUCCCUCCCACCUCCUCCCCUCCAGCUCGGCACCUGCUUUCCCUAUUCCAGCGAGGCUCUGCUGCUUACUCAUGCGCUCUCCCUUCUUCUCUCCUUCCCACCUCCCCCAACCCUUUUGCUGUCAUGCAUUACCAUCUUCCCUUACCCCCUCCACCCUUCCUACCCCCACCCAGCUGCGCACUUGCAUCCCGUACAAGGACUUCUGCCCCACAGAAUUCGGCGUCUCCCACGUCCCUCUCACCAGCCAGCCAGUGCUGUUCGCCCCUCUUUCCCUCCCCCCCUCAGCUUGGCGCUUGCGUCGCCUACACCGAUUGUCUGGCCCACCGACUCGCGCCCCUAUGGUGUGGGUGCACAGACGGAAGCACGGUAGAGGCUGCAGACGUGGCGGAGGUGCAUGACAGGCUGCAGGCGGAGCUGGCAGGGGCUGAGCCGCUGGGUGUCGCGUGGCGGUUUUUGUUUGGGAAGACGAGCCGUGCGAGAAUGGGGUGCGUGGUGCGAUGCCCUUUAUGUGGUCGUUGUGGUGCUGGGCGAGACUGGGGUGGGCUGGCCGAGACUGGGGUGGGCUGGGCGAGCCUGGGCUGCUGGGUGCCCCUUGGCGGUUUUUGGGGAGGAGCGAGCAGAGGGAGGAGGUGCGUUCUGAUGUUCUUCCACGGGGACGACCAACGGGAGAAGGAGGUGCGUGGUGAGAGGGACGCGGGCUCAGCCGCACCAGCGACAGCCCAAAGCAAGCCACCUGCCGCAGAGCGUCCAGGAGAGCGCCGUGUGCUACAGGCUGGUCGCCCACAGCUGAUAAGGACUUGUAGCAGAGCUCUGGGUGACGCAGCCAGCAGCGCCCAUCACACUGCUCCAAUCCGCCCUUCCUGCACCCACCUCCGUGCUCCUCCGUGCUCCUCCGUGCUCCCCCUAUAUCUGUCCACCCUUUCCCCCAAGUAG